CACGCAGUCACAGUUUCUUGUGGGUCUGAGCAUGAUAAUGAAUCUCUUGCAGUACAGAGCGAAAACCUGAAAAAAGUGUCCAGGGUUCUGUGACAGAGUCGUAAGGGUUAGAACUUGUACUCAAGUUGUUUUCGUCGGCGUGGAGGCACAUUAUGUAGAAUUCUAUCCCCUCACAGUGAAGACCCAAACGAACAGCAGCUUGGGAACUGUUAUGACAUUGCUUGAUGGGCCACCUGUAGGAAUUUUUGAGACUUUCUGGUGAGUAAAUGAAACGAAAAAAUGUCUGGAUCAGAUCAUGAGCAAACGCUUCCUUUUCAGAUCUUCACACAUCACUGAUCUGAGACCCUGUUGAAUGUCAUUAGUAUGCUUUCACUCUUCCAUCUGGAGGCCGGCUAACGCCAGGUUGUCUACAGUCAUUAUGAACGGAGUCAGGCGUGGCAUUCAAGACUGCACUGUCCUGGCAAACAACACAGACACUAUCUUCAUCCUCGUGGCUUUAUGCUAUCGUUUCUCACAAUGAACCCAUCAUUUAGAGCUAAAAGUGCACUUUGAUGGAAUUUAAGCUGCAUUAAUGGACUUGAACCUUCUCUCCGAGGCCAUUGGACGAAACGAUUGGCGUGGCUUACCGUUGUGAUUUAUAAUGUAGCUUCUUCGGCAGUGGUAAAGUGGGACCAGUAUACUGCAAAAUCAGGAGAGUGGUGUAAAUGUGGUAUUGGGGGUAUUGAGCUCAGCACCAUCAGAGGUAACACACACAAAAAGAUGUUAAAGUCAAGUUUAACCUGACAGUUUACGGCUUCCAAGGUAUAUCUUCCAUCCCAGUCUUUGUUCGUGUGGCUGCCUCCAUCAAUUGGAGAGCUGCUUAUGCAACUGGUCGUUUAUGGGGGAGAGCCAAUCAAUCGAUCCCAAAAACACCGGAAAAGGAGAAGCGGGUCACGGAGGUUAAAGAUGAUGGGCUGCAGCCACGCAUGAUGGGUCAGCAAAACCUUUGUUCCUGGGAAGGAGGAGCCCCACAGUUUGACACCAAAUCCUGUCAAUGUGUUGAGGAAAAGCAACUGCCUCCAGUGCAGUUACAGCUGCAAUAAGACAUCUUGCCUAGCGUUUUAAUGAUCGUUAAACGAGUAAUCUUGCGACAGUCUUCUGUAUCGAUUCGUGACAGCACCCUAUACUGUUCAUUAUUGAAGGCCGCUGUGCAUGCAACCAUGUUACAACAGGUCUACUUUUUGAAGUUAGGAGCUCCAAAUAAGAACCACGGAAUGUGAACUUCACUUCAAGGUUGUCCGUAUGCUGUCAGAACUGGCCGGGGAAAUGCAGCCGGCGUGUGUCAGGACAAGAUGAAUAGGGGCGGGAGAACGACUCGGCACGCAGAUGGAUGAAAUGAAUUGAUAUUCCCGUGUAGAUGGACGCCUGUGGUUAUAACGCGCGAAGGUAGUUUCGAUAUGACCAGCGAGCCGACAUGUACGCAAGGCAGAGGACUUGUAAACGUUAUGGACAUCAUUACAGCACGUAUUAAUUCUUAUCAAAGAUUACAAGUACCAGCUUAAAAGGGAAGAAUGAGGCCUUCGUUGCGAAUGCGCAGGGAAGCGCUUCUCUUGUUCACGGUGAUACAUCUGACAAUGGCGGUCGGUUUCCUACCCUACCGAUGCCCCAAUUACUGUCACUGUGAGAGGAGGACGAAGACUGUUUCGUGUGUGAGGAAUCUUUUCACAGCGGUUCCACUGGAUCUUCCGCGCGACACCAAAACACUUGAACUUCACCGGCAGAAUUUCACAUACAUGGGGAGGCUAUCACCAGUUCCCAUUAGCUCAUUGAGAAAGCUGAAUUUAACAGAAAAUAGCAUCCAGUAUAUGGUGGACGACGCCCUGGUUAAUGUACCUAGGCUUAAGCGGCUGGACUUGAGCUCCAAUCACUUGACCGGCAUCCCUACUGCGGUCUCGGGAGCGUCUUCACUGAAAGAACUUAUCGUGCACAAUAAUCACCUUCGGUCUCUCCACGUGCACGACUUCGCCAACCUGACUCAGCUGGAGGUCCUGGACCUCGGCAGUAAUUCUCUCAGCUUCCUGCCCAACGGUGUGUUUAGCAAGUUGCACGAGUUGGCCAUUCUCUACCUCUCGGACAAUUCCAUCCAGACCCUCUCUGGUGAGAUCUUCGGCAACUUGUCCAAGCUGGAAGAGUUGCACCUAACGCACAAUCAAAUCCAGAUGGUGUCAAUGGGCUGGCUGAGUAGCGUGCCCAAUACGUGGGUGCUAGAACUUGGGUCCAUGCUGGAGCAGGGCCACCCUACGGCUGCCGCUAAUCUGUUGACAGCCACCGGUACUGACUUCUUUUUACCAAACUUGGAACGUCUCGUGGUGAGCGGAAACGACCUGCUCGAUAUCCCUUGUGAAGACUUUCUGUUGUUUCCAUUCCUUAAGUACCUGGACCUCAGUCUAAACUCCAUUACAGCCAUUCCAGAGGCUUGUUUCAGCAUGCUGGGCGAACUGGGAAUUUUGAAGUUGAAUAACAACCGGAUAGCUGCACUCAGACGAGGAGCCUUUUUCAACUCCUAUAGCAUCUUAGACCUGGACCUUUCGGUUAAUCAGAUCCGGGAGCUGCCUCCUGGAACCUUCAUUGGAACUUACUUGAGAACCUUAGACCUCAGCAAUAACAGAAUACGCAGACUCAACAACGGGAGCUUCGUUGGCUUGGAACAUCUUUGGGACUUAUUUCUGAUGAAGAACAGAAUUGACAGACUGACCAGAGCCAUUCUGAGACCGCUGGAAUCUCUGGACAUCUUGGACCUACGGAUGAACCGCCUGAUACGGGUAUCCAAUCAGUUCUGCAACAUGUCCAGUCUAUCAAAUUUAGCCUUGAGUGGCAAUUUGAUAGAGUACAUCUCACCAGGGGCUUUUCGGGGCUCUAACAACUUAAAGGGAAUCUUUCUGAACGACAAUCGUAUUAGGACGGUGAUGGAGGAGACAUUCGACUUGCCCAAUCUGGUGGCCGUCAAACUUGACGACAAUCCCUGGCACUGCGACUGCCAGAUGCGAUGGAUCCGAGAGGCGAUGUUCCCGGACAGCAAGCGGCACACCUGGAUGCAGUACACGGACGCUAUGGGCGUGACCUCUUACACAGGCAUUACCUGCUCCUCGCCCCCGUCAUUCGCAAACUUCUCUGUAUUUAUGAUCAAGGAGUCGGAUAUCUUCAGGUUGAUCUGCACGAAUUAUGUUUCGCCUCUGGCAAUUGAGAUCAUCGUGGGUAUAUCGUUCGCCAUCAUCGCGUUGAGCACGCUGUGCUACGUUGUCAAACUCUACUGCAAGGUCAGGGACUUGGAACGGACCGGUGCGGAGACUUCAAAGUGUUUGUCGUAGUAACCAUUCAUAUCUGUCAGCAUUCUCGGAAGUUGUCAGCGCAUGCCAAAACUGAAUUGUUUUAAUAAAACUGCAUUAUUGAGAUACCGGAGAAAGUUGUUUUCAGCGCAACGUUUGAUUACAUCGGCUAAGUACAGCGGUAAAAUGUCGACGUGGAGGGAUUUCAAUUUGCCUCACCAAGUCGGUAAUGAUAAGUUUGUUGAGCGAACCAGAACAGUCGCAGGAAUCUCACGUGGAUACAAUUUGUGUUUCUGGAUAAAAGUAGCGAAACUGUGUACACAGAUUUCUUGUGAAGUGCCCCAAACUGGGUCAGUGGUAUUCUUCAUUGUAGAAAUGAGACUUCAAGGUCCCAAUGAUACAGCAUAUACACUGCAGUCACAGCAAGCAGCAAAUGUGUCUUGAAGGCAACAUUGUUUGACAUUGGAAACCCACUCAUUCUUCUUGUCUAAAAACACUGUUUGUGGGAGACAGUGGUAGAAUAUUACACUUUUUAUGGCAAGCAUGUGUUAUGGCAUCUAUAACAAUCCAUGUUUUUAAUAUCCUCAGUAAUUUGUACACAAAUAAAAAUACCCGUAAAUUUGAAGAGAUAAUUGCAAGAACUAGCUCUCUGUUUGGAAACUGCACUCUUCUGGAGGAUAACCAAACAAACUGAUCGUUCCUGCUCGCAUCUUCUUGAAAGCUGCAACGUUCUCUAAAAAUCCAUGUUUGCGCUUACAAUCUUGGUUAGUGCUGUUGAAGUGAGCAUUCAUUUACAAGACCAUGGAUUGGUUAUAAAACAAAGGAGCUUGUGUGGAUUAUUUACAGAAUCUAAUUUUUCCAAUGUCGGCCUUUUUGAACGAAGAGGCUAUACCGGUUUGAGGCUGAGUCAUUUCGAAUAAUUGACUAUUCGAAUAUUUCGCCCUCAGUUCGAUCGAAUAUUUCAGUAUUCGGAUAUUCGGCAUAGUCCUAUACCGGUUAUCAUCUUGGGGAAAAUUGAAGAGUGAAGCAUGAAAAAGCACGCCUUCUACAUGCAGGAGAAAGCAAGAAUGAUCACACUGUGUUACUUUGCUAAUGGCUGCGCCACCGUUUUGGACAUUACCAAUUACGAAAAGUAAAGUGAAAAUCUGUGAAAUUCGAAUUUGCGAAUUUUAAACCUCUAGGGUAACAAAAGUCCAACAUUGCCCUCCUCUCAGCACCCUGGACAUAUUUUCAGGCAUUAUAGUGAAGUGGAAACCAUUUUAUGCUAUAACCGCCCUCUGUGAUAAAGUACGAAGAAGUUGGAUUCAGUUCAUUCUUUGGAAAGGCCCUUUUCCCCAAUUCUUUUCACAUUGAACACAACGCCAAUUUUUUUUAUUGUAUUUAAGUAACACUCCAAAUGCCUACAUUUAUGUCUACACCAGCUCAUCAUCAGUCAAUGAUCUUGCUUUAUUCGUAUGUCAUUUGUGCAGAAUAAAUUCCCA